CCGCCGCUGGGGCUGGACCCGGCGCAGAAUCUAGAGCUGGAAUCAGAUACGGUGAAGCUGAAGCUGGGCCGGGGCGGAGCGCAGAUCUGCGCCGGAGCCGCAACGUGGGGCGUGUUGCUGCUGGCCCACCGCGAGCCGCCCCCAGCCCGCGCCGAGGCGCUCUCCCGCCGGGCCGCCUGCCUCCGCCUUCCUCCCCCUUCCUUUUCCCUGGAAUCUCACCCCGGCGCGCUUGCACCCCGACGCUUCUCUGGGUGGGGAAGCUCCCGGCUGCUUUCUGGCUUCACUCCUUCCUCGCAGUCUGGGCUCCCAGCCCCCUCUCUUAUUUUCCUGGACUGGGUCCCACCCCCUUCUGUUCCCUCCCUUAAUCUCAGGCUCCCUGCUUCCCUUAGUCGAGUCCCCGCUCCUCAGUCACUUUCCUCAGCCAAGGGUCCCAGCCUUCCCUAUUCCUUUUCCUUUCCAGGGGUGCAAUCUAUCCUGUCCUUUCCUCUGUCCUAGGGUGCAGUCUAUACCCUACUCCUUUUCCCUGACCUGGAGUUCCAGACCUUUUGGUCUCCUCCUGUGAUCCUUCCUGGGCCCUUGUCCCUCUUCCCCAGUUUGGAGUUCUGGAUCGAGAACCCAGCCUUCCUCCACCCACAGAGGACUGCUUCCACAAAAAAACCUCUCUAAAAUACGAACUUUUCCUAGAGACUACCCCAGUCUUUUUUUCCACCUGCUGAUCCCUUGCUACCUAUGUCCCAGGUCUGACUCUCACUUUGCUAAGUGUCAAGGCCUACUGGGCUGAGGGAGGGGCAGGAUGCUUCUGUGGUCUGGCACCUGUGGCCUCUCUCCGCCCCGAAUCUUCCCUUCAUUGCUUGUGGCAGUAGCCUUGGUGGGGCUACUACCUGUUCUCAGGAGCCAUGGCCUCCAGCCCAGCCCUACUGCCAGCACCAUUCGAGGAUCAGAGCCACCACGGGAACGCUCAAUUGGGGAUGUCACCACUGCCCCACCAGAGCUCACCCCUGAGAGCCACCCUGUUAACCAUUCCAUCGCUGGACAUGGCACGAAGACUCGAAAGCCCUUUCCAGUACUGGGCAUCGACUACGGACAUGUGCACAGACCCUUCGAGAUCUCCCUCUGGAUCCUGCUGGCCUGCCUCAUGAAGAUAGGUUUCCAUGUGAUUCCCACUAUCUCAAGCAUCGUCCCAGAGAGCUGCCUGCUGAUCGUGGUGGGGCUGCUGGUAGGGGGCCUGAUCAAGGGUGUGGGUGAGAAACCCCCUUUCCUGCCGUCGGAUGUCUUCUUCCUCUUCCUGCUGCCACCCAUCAUCCUGGAUGCAGGCUACUUCCUGCCGCUGCGGCAGUUCACAGAGAACCUGGGCACCAUCCUCAUCUUCGCCGUGGUGGGCACGCUGUGGAACGCCUUCUUCCUGGGCGGCCUCAUGUAUGCCGUGUGCCUGGUGGGUGGCGAGCAGAUCAACAACAUCGGCCUCCUGGAAAACCUGCUCUUUGGCAGCAUCAUCUCGGCCGUGGACCCCGUGGCCGUGCUGGCCGUCUUUGAGGAAAUUCACAUCAACGAGCUGCUACAUAUCCUCGUCUUUGGGGAAUCCCUGCUCAAUGACGCCGUCACUGUGGUUCUGUACCACCUCUUUGAGGAGUUUGCCAGCUAUGACCGUGUGGGCAUCGUGGACAUAGUCCUCGGCUUCCUGAGCUUCUUCGUGGUGUCCCUGGGCGGGGUCUUUGUGGGCGUGGUCUACGGGGUCAUCGCAGCCUUCACAUCCCGAUUCACUUCCCACAUUCGUGUCAUCGAGCCGCUGUUCGUCUUCCUCUACAGCUACAUGGCCUACCUGUCAGCUGAGCUCUUCCACCUGUCCGGCAUCAUGGCACUCAUCGCCUCGGGAGUGGUGAUGCGCCCCUAUGUGGAGGCCAACAUCUCCCACAAGUCCCACACCACCAUCAAGUAUUUUCUGAAGAUGUGGAGCAGUGUCAGUGAGACCCUCAUCUUCAUCUUCCUCGGCGUCUCCACCGUGGCCGGCUCCCACCACUGGAACUGGACCUUUGUCAUCAGCACCCUGCUCUUCUGCCUCAUCGCCCGAGUGCUGGGCGUGCUGGGCCUGACCUGGUUCAUCAACAAGUUCCGCAUCGUGAAGCUGACGCCCAAAGACCAGUUCAUCAUCGCCUAUGGGGGCCUGCGAGGGGCCAUCGCCUUCUCUCUGGGCUACCUCCUGGACAAGAAGCACUUCCCCAUGUGUGACCUGUUCCUUACUGCCAUCAUCACCGUCAUCUUCUUCACCGUUUUUGUGCAGGGUAUGACCAUUCGGCCCCUGGUGGACCUGCUGGCUGUGAAGAAAAAGCAAGAAACGAAGCGCUCCAUCAACGAGGAGAUCCACACUCAGUUCCUGGACCACCUUCUGACAGGCAUCGAGGACAUCUGUGGCCACUACGGCCACCACCACUGGAAGGACAAGCUCAACCGGUUUAACAAGAAGUAUGUGAAGAAGUGUCUGAUAGCUGGCGAGCGCUCCAAGGAGCCCCAGCUCAUCGCUUUCUACCACAAGAUGGAGAUGAAGCAGGCCAUUGAGCUGGUGGAAAGCGGUGGCAUGGGCAAGAUCCCCUCGGCAGUGUCCACCGUCUCCAUGCAGAACAUCCACCCCAAGUCCCUGCCUGCCGAGCGCAUCCUGCCUGCACUCUCCAAGGACAAGGAAGAGGAGAUCCGCAAAAUCCUAAGGAACAACCUGCAGAAGACCAGGCAGCGGCUGCGGUCUUACAACAGACACACACUGGUGGCGGACCCCUAUGAGGAGGCAUGGAACCAGAUGCUGCUCCGGAGACAGAAGGCCCGGCAAUUGGAACAGAAGAUCAACAACUACCUGACAGUGCCGGCCCACAAACUGGACUCCCCCACCAUGUCCCGGGCCCGCAUCGGCUCAGAUCCACUGGCUUAUGAGCCCAAGGCCGACUUGCCUGUUAUCACCAUCGACCCAGCCUCCCCACAGUCGCCCGAGUCUGUGGACCUGGUGAAUGAGGAGCUGAAGGGCAAGGUUCUCGGGCUGAACCGGGACCCCAGAGUGGCUGAUGAGGAUGAGGACGAUGACGGAGGCAUUGUGAUGAGGACCAAGGAGACCUCUUCCCCAGGCACUGAUGAUGUUUUCACCCCUGGGCCAAGUGACAGCCCCAGCUCCCAGAGGAUACAGCGCUGCCUCAGUGACCCAGGCCCGCACCCUGAGCCUGGGGAGGGAGAGCCUUUCAUCCCCAAGGGGCAGUAGUGCUGGGGCCAGUGGGCGGUGCCUGUCCCACCACAGACUCUCCCACCAGAGCAGGGGCUGCUGGGAGCUGAGGGGCUCCCCUCGUCCUUCCUGACCUGGAUCGCCCCUCCCCCCACCGCAUGGCAGCUGGGCCCACCGCAAGGCUUCCCCCGCCUCCUGGGAAGCGCCAUCCCUUCCACCAGAACUGCCUUCCCAAUUCAUCUGGCAGAACUGCUGGGCUGUGAGGCAGAUCCUGCCUCUUCCUAUCCAGGCUCUCCCCCAUCCCUGGAGGGUGGGGUGCCUCUGAGUUCCCAGACCUUGGUGACCCGCCCUCCUUCUCCAUCACCCUCCUCAUUCAGACCAAUCUUAGUUUAUAACCAAAGAGCCUCUGGCUCAGUCUUGGUCCCACCUGGGAAGGGAAGGAGCCCAGGCCUCUCCUGGCCUACGUCAGGCUCUUCAUUAAGAGGGGAAAGCUGAGGGAGAACAGACAUUUUUUUUUAAGGUUUUUAUUUUAUUCUCAUGGCGAGUGGGAAAGGAGGGAGAGAAAGAGAAACAUCGAUAUAAGAAAAAAACACUGAUUGGCUGCCUCCUGCCUCCUGCACGUGUGUCCCAACCCGGAACCAUGCCUGAAACCUGGGCAUGUGCCCUGACUGGGAAUCAAACCAGUGACCUUUUGGCUAUGGAGGAAGCUCCAACCAACUGAGCCUUGCCGGCCAGGGCAGGGGGAGCAGACAUGUGACCGGGGAGGGAUCACCGACCCAUGGCAGGCUCACCCUCCUGCCAGCUCUGUCGUCCCCGCCAGCCACCCCGACAUGCCCUUACUCAGAGCUGCAUCUCUGAGCUUCUCUGUGUGGAGCUGGGUCUCUGCGGACCGCGAUGUGACUCAGCUUUUUAAAUUGCUCCAACAGGGACCACGGAGCCCUCCAGGGGCUGCUGUCAGGGGAGGGACUGACUGUCUUGGGCUCCAGAAAGUGCUUUUUAUCUCUUUUGUUCACACUUCCAUGUGUGAUGCACAGAGGCCAUUCCUGUUUUUAAGCCAUUUUGAAAAACCCUGGCUGAAUGAUAGCGCUGGUCCUCCCACUCAAAGGAAUUACCCCUCCUCACUUGGGUCUGUCUGCCCAACACUCCCCCAAAUCGGUCCUCUGCCUCCUGGACUCCUAACUAUGGCCCCAAGGCUCUGAUUUCAGAAGCGACACCCCAAGCCCAGUCAUGGUUCUCUCCAACUCGCAGAUGCUGGGCCUUCCAGUCCUGCUUUGCCCUUGGGCCUGACGCUCAGUUCCUGCCGGCCGGUCUUUCUCCCAUCCCCGCUGUCGGCCCCAGGAACCCCUCCCUCCGAUGUUCACUGCACCCAGCUUGCUGUGGAUCCCAGUCCCCAGUUGUGCCCGGCCAGGGCCGGUGGGUGGGCUGAGUCCUAGGCCCCCAGAGGCCUUUGCUCCCAGGCACACAGCCCCACUCCCACUGCCCCCACGGCCAGGCCUAGGACCAUUGGUGUCUGUCCUUCCCCCAGGGCACUUCCCCAGGAUUGUGCAAUAGUCAAGGGUGUCCCUCUUCCCAGGGCACUGGGCAGUGGGUGCUCGUCUGACCCCCCUUUCCGUGCAAGUGCUGGUUUGGGCAGGAGUCACCACUGCACGGGUGACAUUGACAACCAGGUUCAAAGCCACCACAGCUGCUGCUGCUCUGCUGCCUACACAGAAGAAACCAAAUUUUUUCAUAUUCUAAUAAAUCCAUGUGAGUUUUUUAUAGAGUUGAGGGGUGUUUCCUGGGAACAGGGACUUUGGGGAGUAGGGUGGCCUGCAGGCCUGAAGGACUUAGCUCGGUGGCUGGCCCGGAGCAACGCCCUCUCUGUGUCGGCUGCUGGUGUGGUUAUUGCUGCGUGCCAGGCACAAGGGAUACAACUGAACAGAGCAAAGUGCCCCCUUGUCCUCAGUUCUGUCAGCCUCUGGGGAAGAGCAGCAUUAGUUAAACAUACACACCGACCAUGAAAACCCCAGUGUGUAUAAAUGCCGGUGAAUGAAAGCGGGGGGUGGUGGGAUGGGAUGGCGAGGAGGACUCUCCUGAGUGAUGCCCUAGGAGAAGACUAGGGAAUGAGCUGAGGUUAACCAGGAGAAGAAGGUUUUAGAGAGUCCCCAAAUACUCUAAUUGCGAGCUGCACAGUGAGCACCCCUAGAACCUGAAAAUGAGACCAGUGUGUCUGGGUCAGAGUGACAAGACGGGAGGCACAGGCGGGGCUCUGCAGUCCCAGGUUAAGAUUUUGGUUGUAUUACACAAAGGGCAAUGGAAAGGUUCUCACCUCUAACGUGGAGACAAUAGCCGCUUAAUGAAAUGUGCGCACAUGUGUGGAGGACUGAGUUCAGCUGAAGUUGGAUUCGUGCACUUUUAGGAAGUGACCACCAGGGGGCAGUGGGGCCUUGGCACACAGCCCCAGCACCCUUGGAACCUGCGCCGUCCAGGAAAGCAUCUCUUUUGCCCAGCCUGGGACCUCUGUAUGGAGUUGGUUUGACUCACACAAUCGGCAAUAUUCAGUGCCAAAGGACUGUAGGGAAGGACCAAACUAUUUCUGUACCAAGUGGUGACCCACUAAGAAAUGGAUGGUAUGCUUGAAGGACUGUUGAAGAGCCUUCAACCAAGGGAUUUUUACAGGGGUGUGGGUAGAGUUAAGGGAACCUACGAGGGAUGAGAGCUCACACCAGAAGCCAUUGCAACCCCUAGACCUGAAAGGCGAGGAGAGAGUGUUACCUUGGGAGGGGCUGCCCUGCUGGAGCUGCAGCCGCAGGGAGCAGAACACAGCCCCUGCCGGGCGGGCGCCCACCAGAUACACGCUCUGACUUUGGUCCUGCGGCUGCCUGUCCUUGGCCAAACCCAGGUGGAAGCCAGAAGGAAAGGCGUCUCAGUGACUUCACUGAGUUCAGUCUACACGGGUCAGCCUUCCAGUAAAUGGAGCAAGGGUCGAGCGGAUUUAGAGGGAAGGCAGGAUAUCCGAGCAGAGCAAUUUUUUGUCCCCCACCAUCCACUCUUGCCCUUCAUUUAUUUUUUUUGAAGAUUUUAUUUUUAUUUAUUUUUAGAGAGAGAGGAAGAAAGGGAGAGAAACAUCAAUGUGUGGUUGCCUCUUGUACACCCGCCACGGGGGACCUGGCCCACAACCCAGGCAUGUGCCCUGACUGGGAAUCAAACCAGUGACCUUUUGGUUUGCAGGCCGGCACUCAAUCCACUGAGCACAACAGCCAGUGCCACUCUUGUCCUUUAGAUUAAAAACCCAUGUCCCUAUUGCUUGAUGGUUAC